AUGAAACCCUGCGUCAUAAUCGGUUUAACAGCUCUGCCUCUGUUGUUUCUUUUGGGACUCUUCAUGGCCAUCAGUUUGAAGAGCUUGGCUGCUCCCUUUCCACUGCAGCCUGCUGUAUAUACCCUGCACGGCCCUGCAAUGCCUGGAAACUUGGUGAUUGCAGAAUUUGUUUGCAACAUUUCGCUGGGUGUGUGUGAUGCACACCCAGCGGAUGCAGAGACAUCGUGUGACGUUCAUCUUCAAAAUACCCCAAAUUCAACGGCCCAACGUGCUGCUGUUGAUGGUUUGACGGCGCAAUAUGCCGGUCUUGCCAACUGGGAGCAUCUUCUAGACUAG